GCAGAGCGGAACUGACCGUGUGGUCCUGUCCGCGAUGGCCGAGGCAUCUUGGUGGUACCGAGGAGGGACUUCAAAACAUGACCUGCAUUACAGAAGGGAAGCAGAAGUUAACACCACACUUGAGGAGUUGUUACUCUACUUUAUGUUUUUAAUAAAUCUAUGUAUAUUGACUUUUGGGAUGGUGGAUCCACACAUGUACUACUUGAACAAAGUUAUGUCAUCUCUCUUUGUGGACACGUCUCUACCUGGUGACGAGAAGAGCAGCUUUAGAUCCAUUCAGAGCAUAACUGACUUUUGGAAGUUCAUGGAAGGACCCCUCCUGGAAGGUUUGUACUGGGACUCGUGGUACAGCAGCAAACAGCAGUACAACGUAAAGAACAGCAGCCGCAUCUACUACGAGAACAUUCUUCUCGGCGUCCCCAGAGUGCGGCAGCUGCGAGUCCGAAACAACACUUGUGAGAUCUACCCAGCUUUCCAGUCACUGGUCAGCGACUGUUACAACAAGUACACAGUGGAAAACGAAGACUUCGCUGACUUUGGCCUCAAACACAAUCCAGAAUGGAAACACUCGGCUUCUUCCCACACCGCCCCAUGGCACUGGGGGUUUGUGGGUGUGUACCGAGAUGGAGGAUAUAUAGUCACGUUAUCAAAAUCAAAAUAUGAAACCAAAGCCAAAUUUGCUGAGCUGCGGCUGAACAACUGGAUUAGCAGAGGGACCCGGGCUGUUUUUAUUGAUUUUUCACUGUACAAUGCUAAUGUCAACCUGUUUUGCAUCAUCAGGCUGCUGGCCGAGUUCCCGGCCACGGGCGGGCUCCUCACCUCCUGGCAGUUCUACUCUGUGAAGCUCAUCAGAUACAUCUCCUACUACGAUUACUUCAUUGCCUCCUGUGAAAUCAUAUUUUGUAUUUUCCUUUUUGUCUUCAUAACACAAGAACUGAGAAAGCUGAGUGAGUUUAAGUCCGCCUAUUUCAGAAGUGUCUGGAACUGGCUAGAGCUGCUGCUGUUGGUGCUCUGUUUCCUGGCUGUGUCUUUCUACGCGCACUGUAACGUGCAGAGUUUUUUCUUACUCGGACAGCUGUUGAAAGACACUGAAAGCUAUCCGGAUUUUUACUUUCUUGCAUACUGGCACAUUUACUAUAACAAUAUAAUUGCCAUCACUAUCUUCUUUGCAUGGAUAAAGAUAUUCAAGUUCAUAAGCUUCAAUGAGACGAUGUCUCAGCUGUCAUCAACGCUCUCCCGCUGCAUGAAGGACAUAGUGGGGUUCGCCAUCAUGUUCUUCAUCAUAUUCUCCGCUUAUGCCCAGCUGGCAUUUCUUGUUUUUGGGUCACAGGUUGACGACUUUUCUACUUUUCAAAAUUCCAUAUUUGCACAGUUUCGAAUUGUCCUCGGGGACUUUAACUUCGCUGGCAUCCAGCAGGCCAACUGGAUCUUGGGCCCCAUCUACUUCAUCACGUUCAUCUUCUUUGUGUUCUUUGUGCUCCUGAACAUGUUCUUGGCAAUAAUUAAUGACACCUAUUCUGAAGUGAAGGCUGAUUAUUCAAUUGGCAGAAGACCAGAUUUUGAACUUGGCAAAUUAAUUAAGAAGAGCUGCUUUAAUGUUCUCGAGAAACUCAGACUCAAAAAAGCUCAAGAUACUGAAGACAAGAAAACGAGAACCACUGGAGACUUGACCCAACGAGCCAGAAAAGAAGGCUUUGAUGAAAGCGAGAUCCAAGAGGCAGAGCAGAUGAAAAGAUGGAAGGAAAGGCUUGAGAAAAAGUAUUAUUCUACAGAAAUUCAAGAUGAUUACCAGCCUGUCACUCAGCAAGAAUUCCGAGAACUCUUUCUAUACGCGGUGGAGCUUGAGAAGGAGUUACAUUACGUCAGUUCAAAACUGAACCAUGUGAUGAGAAAGCUACACUAGGGGGCUGACAAGUGGAGUCAUUUUGUUAAGAAAAAGGCAACCUAAGAAUUUCAUUCAGUGUGAAGAUUUUCCUCUCAAUUUUCUUCAGUAAUGCCAAAGAAAAAACAAAGUAAACAAAAAGCUUUGUAUUUCCAAAGUUCUUGAAGUACUAGAUGUACCUGCAGUGACCAGUGAAGGAGACUGCAUGUGUACUGAGUGGCGAGGACCUGCGGUGAUGUCACAGCUUCCCUUGCCCUACUGGAACCACAGACAAGGACAACAUGGGCUUCUCUGAGUGCCUGACACAGUGAACGCAAACGAGCCAAGCACACAUGGUCAACGGUCAGGGACACAAUCACUUUAUGAUGUCAGCUUUCAAGGAACAUAUUUUAUAUGGAUUUUGAAGAGUCUUGUUUGCUGAUAAGAACUUCAAGAAGUCUAAGCUUGGCUUUAAUUCUCUUGUACUCCUUAUAUUCCUCAAGCACUGGAACGCGAUCCUCCUUCUGGGCGUUCCUAGGGAAGAUGACACUCUGUAAA